AUGUUCGUUCCUGACCAGAACCAGCUCCACGCGCUGUACAUGUUUCGCUGCGGGGAGCUGCGCGUUGGGAAGCCGAAUGAAGAGAUGCUCGCACUGCUAGCGGAGGACGAUUGGGCGUAUCUGUCACGUCUGAAGGACGAGGCACACGAGCGUGGCGUGUCCAUCGAGGACCUGCAGAUGAUUGAGGACGACACGGCAGAAUUACGGCAGAAGCGGGAGGCGAUGGUGCCGCUUGCCAUGCGCCGCGUGUUGCGCCUCACCCCUGUCAUCGGCAGCAUCGAUGCGCUGGUGCAUGUGGGAGCACGUGGGGCGUUGGCGAUUGUGGAUGUGGCACGCGAGCUGCCGUUUCUGGAGGUGCUCGACUUCUCCAACCUUACCUCGCUCUUUCUUGCCGACCCCUAUCAGUGCGAGGGCGUCACGGGGAACGAUGUCAUCGAGGCAAUAUGCCGCAUGGCAGCCACCCACCCAUCGCUCCGCGUCAUUGAUUUGGCGGGGCAACCCAUCGGCACAAUCGCCGCCCACCAUUUUCUUGAGCUCCUGCGAUGGAACCGACGGAUCCAAGAGGUGCAGUUUGAUCGAGACGCCGUCGAUGGUCGACUGGUGGCGUACAUUGAAAGGGAGAUGCGGCACAACGCCACGUUGCCGCGGGCUCCUCCAGUUCUUCCCCGCGCCCCAUCCGAUAGUAUCAAGCGACUCCCCGUCCACGACAGGAAAACCGUGCAGGAGCAGCAGCUUCUCCGGCGGCUCCUGGAAACAGAGACUGGUUUGGGCGACAUCAUGUCUUUGGAAGAGAUCAGCGAGGCGGUAUUGUACGCCCGCACGAUGUCGACAACGGAGGUUGUCACGCGUUCCAGCGGUCUUCGCGGUGACGGUGUACAUCUUUUUCUUCUUGAGUCUGGCGCUCUACGCGCGAAAGCCGGCCCGCGCGGGUUUGAACUAAGACGUGGCGACUAUUUUGGAGAAACGCACGGCGAUGUGUUGUUCAGUCAGGGUCUGUUGGAAGAGGCGGUGCGGGGGGUUGUGUACUGCAUACCGCUCAGCCACUGUCGCUCUCUCUGCGACGCAUGGGCGGGACGAGUUGAGGCUUAUUAUCCGCUACUUCGCCAGAGUGCUUUGCUGCAGGCAUUAGAUGUCUGGACGCGGCUUCGAAUGUGCUGCUGUGCCACACAACGUGUUUUUUCCAGGGGAGAUGUGGUGAUAUCGCCGGGUGAUUCUUUCAAGGGUCUCUUUCUCGUGACAGCCGGUAUGUUUGGGGUGCUUGGCCCCACCGCGAAAUCCCCCAGAGCGCAGGAAUUCACUGUCGGUGACGUCUUUGGCGAAGAGGCGUUUUUGGCGCGUCGCGAAUGCAGUUCUGUGACAAUUGUCACGGAGAACUUUGCGGAGACGAACAGUUGCCUGGUCGUUGAGGGGUGCGCCGCUCGCGUGCUGCGAAGCCACUUGCUGCCAGUGCUGACCACACUCGCUUCCGCGUACUCCCAACACGAGGAUCUUAUGCCCGUCAGGAAGUGA